UCAUCACACUCGGCACUUCUUCUCUUACGGUGUACCUUAUUAUUCCUGAUACCGCAGUACAGUAGUGGUCGACUAGACUCCGGUAUAUCAGCGGGAUUAAUGAUAAUAAUCAAACAAUCACAAACAAAGGACAGCUAGACGUUCCGAUCUCAUCUAGAUUGCAUUGAGAGCACCAAGGGAAAAGCUCCUGGCUUUGCCGUGAGACGUGCCACACGCUGCGACCGGCAUUAUUCCUGGAGACGGCGACACGUGCUUGUUUGACAAGUGACAGAGAGGCGCUCCGUGCGUGCAGAGAGUGUAUAGGGUAUACUGUACGGUCGGAGUGGGGAGAUAGGUACGAAGGGGAAGAGGACAAGUAGUGACGGACGAUAUACCUGUAUCGGCACACAGAUAACAGAAAUUGCGAUUUGCUGCUGUCCUCUGCAGUCCCGUCCGCACCCUCGACCAUCACCACCGCCACCACCACCACCAUCACCACGACUACUACUACCAUUCUACCACCACCCACAUCACCAUCACCACCACCUCGCACUCUCCUGUGCGACGCACGACUGUCCCACCUCCACGGACGAUUGGCACACUCGGGAUCAAUUUGGGCAACAGGCGAUCAGUGGCAGUCGGUCGGUGGAGAAAGACGGCGGCGGAAAAGAUAGCACAACAAGAAAAAGCAAAGGCAGAGAGACAAGAGUGCGACAAGCCUCUACUAACUAGGCCCGCGACUAAGCCAGAGCCGCCAGACAGACCACGGUGACCACCCAGCAGGCACCUCCGAUAGCCGCAUCUAGUCCAAUAGAUUUCUACCUUGCUCCUUGCUCGCAUAAUCUUGCACGCAUCCACCCUGCCCUGCACCAGCCUUCCUUCGCAGUUCGCACCACCGCACGGCGCCGCACGCACGACAGGACCCUCCCGUCGCUCUGGAGAGGGACUAGCUGGCCUGACUGCCUGCCUGUCUGCCUGUCGGCCUCCACCCUCCACCUACUAAGCGAAUUUCCCCAGCAGAAAACGCAAAAGUGGCCUACCACAACACCGAGACGGCCUCGGGCGCAGAAGCCACCUCCAAGAUCGACUCCUCGAAUCACCGCCGACGCACCUCCCGCACCGCUCUCCAUGCCCCCGGAGUAGGCUUGGUCUUCCAGGAUCCCGCUGCUGCUGCUGCUGGCGGGUCUGCACCCUCGCAGCAGCCCUCGUACUUUCUCGAGGAGGACGUCGCCCGCUUCCCAAUGUCGCUCGAUCGCAGUCCAUCUCCGCGCCGGGAAGGAGGCUGGGCGAGUCCAGGGCUGAGCACUCCUCCGCUAGAAGCGGACGGGCGGUCACGAGGAGUCAGUCCGGCGAUUGGCAUCAAUGGCAAUGUCUCCUGGGCCAGUGCAAAAGAACGGUCGGCGAGGGUGAAUGGCUAUCCCAGUUACCAGAGCACAAAUAAGGGCUUCUUUGGGAGAUUUGGGCGCAAAUUGAGCAUGAGCCUGCCUUUUGCACAUGGUGGACAGGAAGAGCGGAUAGCGGAAAAAGGACGGCGUGAAAGAGGGAGACCGGGAGCUCGGCCGAUGCUGGCAGAGCUGCCUCGGAGGUUGUUGCUGCUGGUGUCGAGGAGGCGGAAACUUAUUGGCUUCUUGGUGACGGUAUUAGCGUUGCUGUUCUUAUUCUGGUCUCCUGUCAAAUCGUGGUACAGGAGAACAUCAUGGCUGGGAGGUGGAUCCAAGUUCGUCAUCAUAUUGGGUGCGAAUCAAGGCGGAGGUGUGAUGGAGUGGAAAGGCGCGAGAGAGUGGGCGAUUGAGAGGGAUAGCGUGAAGAACAAGAAAAAGUAUGCUGCGAAAUGGGGGUACGAUCUUCACAUUGUGGACAUGAGCACGAAGAAGCGCUAUGCACACGAAUGGCGAGAGAGCUGGGAAAAGGUGGACAUUAUCCGCAAUACCAUGAAGAAGUAUCCCCAAGCUGAGUGGUUUUGGUGGCUCGAUCUCAAUACCUUCAUCAUGGAGCCCGAAUACUCGCUCCAACGACACAUUUUCAACGAACUGGGCAAGACGACGUACCGCGACAUCAACAUCUACAACCCGUUGAAGAUCCAACAUCCGCCCAAUGGCACGUCUGACAAGGCCGACGCCCCGCAAUACAUCAAUUAUCUGGACGACGAAUCAUUGUCGGCAGUGGGAGAUGGCAAGGCCGAGAGCAUCAACCUCAUUGUGCCUCAAGACUGCGGAGGCUUCAACUUGGGAUCAUUCUUCGUGCGGCGAAGUGCGUGGACCGACUAUGUGCUUGACAUCUGGUGGGAUCCAGUCUUUUACGAGCAGAGGCAUAUGGAGUGGGAGCACAAGGAGCAAGAUGCAUUGGAGUACAUUUACACCAACCAACCAUGGAUACGUCCACACGUCGCGUUUGCGCCCCAACGGAAGAUCAACGCGUUCCCCAACGGAGCCUGUGGCGACGAUCGUGGUCUGCCCUCUGGUGGGUGCAAGGCGCUCCAGAUUGGAGAGGACAUGAAAGAGUGCGGGAUCCAGGGGAUUCAUUACCAAGAGGAAGAACGGGACUUUCUCGUAAACAUGGCGGGCUGCGAAUGGGGCCGCGAUUGUUGGGGCGAAAUUUACAAUUUCCGGCAGUUGAGCAACCAUUUGAACAGGAAUCCGUGGGAAAAGUUCAAAGACGGCAUUUCGGAUGCAUGGACGGGAAAAGCGAAACAGGAUCGGGAGAAGAAGGAACAGGAGAAGGCGGAGAGAGCGGCCAAAGAGCAGCAGGCGGCAGAAGAAGCGCGACAACAAGAAGAAGAAGAGCAGAAGCAGCAGCAGCAGCAACAGGGGACAGAAGGCGAGGGAGCAGCGCAGCAGCAGCAACAACAACAACGACAACAAUAGCAUCGUUGUGGCCGAGAAGGCUUCGAACAAGGAAGUCGAAGUUUUGUGUGCUAUUUAUUGGACUGGACUGGACUGGGCAACUGCAGAAAAAGAAGAGCCAGAAGAAAGUUUUUCGCUUUUGCCUCUUUUCUAUCUGUCUGUCUGUCCAUCUGUCUCCUGGCCACCUGUCUUGCUGCCUGUCUGUCUGUGAGAGUCUUGCAAGCUUCUCUCUCUCUCUCUCUCUUAUCUCAUCUCUGGAAUACGUUCAAGCGAUUUUAGUUUAUUUUAUUUUUCGGAUUCAAUGGGGAUCUUUGGGGUCUCUCCAAUAUCCAUAUUUACCUUACC